UUUCUUAGUGUUUGUCAGAUUGUUUGGCCAGCGCCCCAUUGUAUGGCGUUGCCGGCCGAUGUGCUGCCAAAGGUGCUCGCACUCGUUCCGGCCGAUCUUCGACUCACCUCAUCUCUGAGGGUGGCCAGCCGAUCCGCCAAAGAGCGUGUGGAGGCUAGAUGGUGGACAGCACAGGUGCAACGUGUGAAAGCCUUUGUGGAUCGACAUGCUAAUGUCUUUGCUGAUGAUCCAGAGAUAGAUGAAGAGAAUGCAGAUGUGACCAUUGAAGAACAGCAAGAAGCGUUUGCUCGGAAUAUCCUACUCUGGGUAAAGCCACUCCUCAAAAAUCAGCCGUGGAGGCUUGAAGGUCCCGCUGCCGAUGUGACGGGUGAGGUCACUCUGCAGGCAGCAUACAUAAAUUUGAGAAGAGCCCUGGCAAACUUGAGUGAGAGAAGCAACUAUGUGCUCCGAAGCAUUUGCCAACAAGCACGCUGCAUUGAAGGCCAUCAUCGGCACACAGUGCAAAUCACGGUUUCGCAGGCCGAUCGCAGACAGAUGGAAGAUCCCAUUCCACCCACCUUCGUGAACCUCGAGAGCAGCGAGAUCAGAAGUGAAGAUGCGAUGUCUGGAUCCUUUGCCCACACUGCAAUGACCAGAGAUGGAAAUCGUAAGGCUCAACUGACAGCUAUUUGCCGCCAGCUCGGAAUCUCCGAUGAAGUUGCUCAGGAAUUGCUCACAACCAUGGAACGAGAGCAGUUGAUGGCCCCGGACCCAUUUGAGGGCAGGUCCGAGAUCGCUGAGUCGGAAACAUCCUCGCAUGUCAUGGAUUCCACGUUUGUAUCUGCGAUGGGGCGUGGAAUCCAUGGGGACAUGGUGCAGGAAUUGCAAAGUGAGGAGCAUGUUGCCCCUGCACCAGUUGCCAGAUUUGAGAUGAGGUGGGCACAACAGCUGGAGAACCUGUCCCAAAGCUCAAGUAUUCGUCCAGCGGCCGGGGUGACGCAGGCUGAACCCAUGGCCCCUGCCAGGCCACUAGAGAUUGUCCAAGAACAGGCUCAGGAAUGCCCAGAAUACCGGAAGGGAAGUCAGGGAAGUCAGGAACGCCCUUUCGUCUCACGGAAUUGGCCCCCAGUCAUGGUGCAUCCGCCCGAACCCCCCUCCUGUGCCGUCAUGGAGCCGAGCUCUUCCAGCUCAGACAAACCCUUUAAUGGCCCUUCCACUUUAGAGAACCGAAGAUCUCCGGGAAUUGAAGCGAAGGAACGCUCUCCAUGCGUUUCUUCCGGUGCAGCUCCCAUGGUUGUUGCAGGACGUUGGACACGUUUUAUCAUUAAUAUGAUGUUGCUUGGAUUCCUGGUCCAUUCCGCAGGAAAUACUCGCCAUGGCCAGUCUUCAAUUCUGAAAGGUGUGAAAGGAAUCAUUGUGUCGCCAGAGACCGAGCAACUUCAUGUCGGUCUGUGGUCUUGUGAGAAAAGAAACCGUUCAUCUCCUCCUCAGCAGAACUCCAAGAGCUUGCAGCGCAGCGACAGAGAGACUGAUUGGCUUUCUUGGAAUGCAAAGAGGAUUGCAGUUGCAACCGUCCAGCCUCAAAAGAAGGCCAGCCGACGUCUAGUCAAGAUGUGUGUCAGUGGAUUGCUAGCAGCAAUGGGAAGUCAAAUUCGUGCAUGGUGUGAACGCCAGCCACGCCCUCCUUCAAGUGGUUCGCCCAAGGAAGCCACAACAGCAGCCGGUGAGACAGCCCUGCAUUUGGCAG